AUGGCUUCUGCUACCGGCAUCCCGGAGGUCCACCCCACGACGAUCGCCUCGCAGGAGGACGAGCCUCUGCUGGGCCACCCCGGUGAUGUCACCCAGAAGCAGGACGAGAGCAUCGCCCGCAAUCUGAUCACUGGCACGGCGAGUGUUGCACAGGUGGGAGUCUGGCUGCCUUCGCAGCUGGCCGCCCUCGUCUGGUCGAAGGUCCUCUCGCAGCCGCCAUCUCUCUUUACCGCGCAUCCCCUCCUCGCCACCUCCGCGUUGCUUCUGCAAGUUCAGGCAGCACUAGUUCUUCAGCCAACCUCCACUCCCCAGCAGAAACUCCUUGGCACCCGCAUCCACUACAGUAUCCAGCUGGUCAGCAUCCUGUGCUUUUUGGGCGCGUUCACCGUGAUCGAAGUCAACAAGGGCGACCAUCCUCACUUCAUCUCCCCGCACAGCAUCCUCGGCCUCCUGACCGUCAUCUUUGUUGCGCUGCAGGCUCUCGUCGGAGUGGCCCAGUUCUUCCUUCCUACAACUAUCUUCGGGAGUAUUGACGCUGGCAAACGCAUCUACAAAUAUCACCGCUGGUCCGGCUAUGUUCUGUUACUGCUGGAGGCUGCGACUGUCGUGGCGGCAACCCAGACAGGUUACAACGUCGCCAUGAUCCACAUUCCCGCAUGGGGAGUCGUCGUAGCCCUGCUUUUGACGGUGCUGGGUGUGGCGGCCAGAAUUAAGAAGCACAAGCUGGGGCUCGGAACCCACUGA